UCCAAACAAGUUCUUAUUUGUUUCACAUGUUAAAAUAACAAUGAAAUAUCUAACUUACUCCACUUAUUAUUAAUUGGUUUUACGUUAGGUAUAAAUUUUGUGUUGAAUGGAGGGUAUUUCGAGCUUGUUUGUAGGCCCUCUCAAGUGUAAUUUAGGUGUUAAGAGAAUGUAUUCUUUCUGGUUUUUUGCUGCAAUGGGAGGUCCUGGAAUUGGGUUUUUUACUAGAGUGAUGAAGAAAACUUUGUUUGCUGCAUUCACAUGCAUUCUUGCAUUAAGAGCAAUGAAAGGACAGACAAUAGAAACUGGGUUUUUCCGGGGUGCUGGAAUAGGGCCUGUGGCAGGCGCCAUCACAGCAGUUCAGUCGCUGGAAAGCCUUGCAUCAAUGGCUGAUACGGAGUCCUUGUCCAAGCAGCUUGCAGUACUACUGGGUAGCUUAGUAAGUGGGAAGAUUUUCACGGAAUUGGUAAGUCCUGCUGCGCUCAAUGCUUAUCAAUAUCAAAUGAAUUCACUGGAAUCCACCCAUAGAGAAAUGUCAGACAUUUAUGAUGUCAACAGGAUUAUUAAAGAGCUGUCCAAAACUACCAUCCUACAGCUUCCUGUCUUUGUGUAUCAAUCUAGCAAUAACAUUGAAACAUGGGAUGAAUCUUCCUGUUCCAUCUGCUUACGGGAGCCAAAGGAUGGAGAGUUAGUAAGAAAGCUACCAAAGUGUGGGUAUUUCUUCCUUAUGAAGUGCAUAGAUGAAUGGCUAAUCAGGCAGGGACCAUGCCCUAUACAUAAAACUUAUGUCGGAACUGAAGAAUUUGCAAGAAAAAACAAGGACCAGAGAUUUCAUUUGUCAAAAUGGGAACUAUUUCUGAACCGACAAAAAGACGCAGUCGAUCUCUUUAACCUCACUGAAACCCUGAAGAGCAGCUACCGAGUUUCAGGCAGAGAAAAAGGGGAAGAGAUGGCUUGGUGCAGUCUAAGAUCGCUCAAUGUCCCAAUGGCUGAUAUGGGCGCACUGCGCACUCGUGCUCCUUUGGCGGUUGCCGGAAUCGCGGCUGGUUCUGCUUUCUGGCGGUCUUCUGCCAAAAAAUCGUCUCGUUUUGCUUGCUUGAGCAUCUCCAGUUCUUCUGUCAUAAAGGAGGCAGUUGCAACAGAGAAAGCUCCAGCUGCAUUAGGACCUUAUUCUCAGGCCAUCAAAGCCAAUAACCUUCUCUUUGUCUCUGGUGUGCUUGGCCUUAUACCAGAGACUGGUAAAUUCAUCUCGGAUAGCGUAGAGGAUCAAACAGAGCAGGUACUCAAAAAUAUGGGUGAGAUACUGAAAGCUGGUGGUGCUGACUAUUCCUCUGUAGUGAAGACAACAAUUAUGUUGGCUGACUUGAGUGACUUCCAGAAAGUUAAUGGGAUCUAUGCUAAAUACUUUCCUGCUCCAGCACCAGCUCGUUCAACGUAUCAGGUAGCAGCAUUGCCCCUGAAUGCCAAGAUUGAAAUCGAAUGCAUUGCUGCACUCUAGGCCACCUUGAGGAGAAGUUUUCGGCUGACAGAGUCAAGUUUAAUAAGAUUAGGAAUUUGUGAGCGUUGGAAUUUAGGGAGCUCCAACUUUUCUGUAUCACAGCUAUUGGCUGGACUUGGAAGCCUGGAACACAAUUUAGCUCUUAGAAGUUUUAAACUCUAAAGCUGAAAUUGCCAACUUUUAUUUGUCAAAAUGCAGUCCUCUUUUUCAUAAAAUGUGACAUUUCAG